UUUGGUGUGUCAUGCUUCUCGUUCGCGGCCUGUCCUUGCUGGCUGUCGGCCUCGCGGCGGCACCGACCGGCUGUGCGCUUGUCCCGCCCACGCCGCUGCCUCGGACCACAGCGGGAGGGCACGCCGCUGCGACUGCGAGAGGCAAACAUGUCAGGCAAAUCGCGUCUUGGAGAGGAGGGGCGGUUGAAAGCAGCGAGGGUGGACCACCUCUCAUGAACGUCCAGCUAGGACUGGUCAGGGUCGCUGGGUAUGGCAUCAUCGCUGGUUCUCUUUGCCUCAAGACCCCCCAGAUCGCGCGGGUGUGGCACGCCAAGUCCCUGGUGGGCCUCGCACCGGCUUCCAUCUACGCGGACGUGUUCCUCUUCGCGACCUCCGUGAUCUACCACGUUCUCAAGAAGAACCCCAUCCGCGCCUACGGCGAGUCAGUGGUCGUGCUGUUCCAGACGCUGGUGAUGGUGGGCCUGCUGUGGCGCUUCGGUGCCGAGGAGGAGGUUGCCGUAUCCGACGGCGGCGGCGACGAGGAAGCUCUGGUCACCAAGAGCACCAAGAAAGUAAAGCCCGCCGGGGGAGGACCUGUCGGAAGGACGGCGAUAGUGGCCGGCUCCGUGGCGGCCUCGGUGCUGUGCGUGCUCUACCUUCCCGAACGCCUGUGGGGGCUGCUGGUGAUCGUGUCCACGCCGACGAUACUGGCGGUUCAGCUGCCGCAGAUUUGGAAGAACUGGCGGCAGAAGCACACGGGAGAGCUGGCGGUGCUGACGGUGCUGCUCGCUUUCGUGGGGUCAUCCAUUCGGAUAGCAACGACCAUAGCGGACCUUGGGGGGGAUCCGUGGUUGCUGUUCAACUACGUCUUGGGAGCGACCUCAAACGCGACAAUUUUGGCGCAGAUCUAUCUCUACAGAGCUCUCACCGCCACCGUGGGACGAGACGUGGAGGCGAAGGCCCACAAGGCUGCGCAUGCGGCGUGAUUGUACGAGGGCGGGGGGGGGGGGUUCAUUUUCGUGAAUAUGUCGGUGUCCAGACAGCAAGUUUAAGCUUUCAGGAGUCUUGUUUUUUCUAACCCUUAAUUAUUGACGAUGUGGCAGGCGUUCAGGUCGGGAGAUGAGGGUGAGAAAUAUCCCCUCAGCUGUCAAUAAUACUUGCCACCAGUGAAUGACGGAGAUACCUGCCGGCAGCGAGGUUACACGCCCGCUUGAGUUGGGAUCGUGAGCGAGUGUUGUGGCCAAGGCACUGGGGCUGCGCCCGUAGGAGGCCCCCGCUAGUUGGGGCUCUCGUUCUUGUGGGAUGUACUGUCGCCGGUCUUGUCGGGGUUGCUUAGAGCUAUGUCCCCCUGCUGCUCUUGCGUUGUUGGUGUGAUUAAAGCAGCCGCUGUACCAGUGCAAUGGCAUGCUGUUGGUACUCCUGCUUUUGCAAAU